AUGUUUCCGUCUAAAAUAGCAGAUUAUACUCAAAGGAUUGUGGUGAUUGGUCUGGCAGGGCUAACAGUCUGGACCAUGUAUGGUGCAACGAUUUCCGCCAUAUCACGACUAGAAAAAGUGAAGCAAUUGAAAACAAACGAAGAACUGCAACAGAUUAAAACGGAUACGGGAACGCACGUUUCCGAUAAGCCUUCAUCAUCUUCGCCAUCGACAAAUACGUAA